UGCACUCUCUCUCUCUCUCUCUGCCGUUUUUUUUUUUUUUCUUAUUCGUCCUCCCUUCUCCAUUUCCAGCUGUUUUUGGAGCGCGCAGAGAGAAACGGGGGAAGUUUCUCCACCAAUUGUUUCGGUCCUGAGAGGAGCUCAGCGGUCGGACCCUCCCUCCUUCUAUCUCUCUCCCCUCUCUCUCCUCUGUCUCUCUUUCUCUCUCGCCCUCUCUCUCUCUCUCCUCCCCUUGUUGUGACAGAGCACACCUGCUUGAUCUUGGCUGCACGCGCUCCGAGUCCAAUUACCCCAUAGGCCCUCGCAGCCACUUCAGUCUCAUCCCCCCGACUCGACUGGAUUUUUGGGAGUCAAGCUCAUCUCGCACACUUCUACUCUCUUUGCCUUGCUUCUACUCAGAACAGGCUCCCUGAUAGCAGCACCAUGAGGUCAGCCUGUCUCUCUCUGCUCCUGGUCACGGCCUGCUGGGCUCUGCCCUUUCGCCAGUCUGGCUUCCUAGACUUCAUGAUGGAGGAUGAUGCUGGAUCAGGUUUUGAAGAGGGACCGGUUUUGGUGCCUGGCCGCGGCGCCCAGCCCGAGGGACCCAAGUGCCCGUUCAGAUGCCAGUGCCACCUGAGAGUGAUCCAGUGCUCCGACCUCGGUCUGAAGGUGGUUCCUGGGGACAUCCCGGACGACACCACCCUGCUGGACCUGCAGAACAACAAGAUCACAGAGAUCAAGGAGAACGACUUCAAGAACCUCAAAGGACUGCAUGCUCUGAUCCUGGUGAACAACAAGAUCACCAUCAUCCACGCCAAGGCCCUGAGCCCUCUGACCAAGCUGCAGCGCCUCUACCUGUCGAAGAACAUGCUGAAGGACGUGCCGGCCAACAUGCCCAGGAGCCUGCAGGAGCUGCGCAUCCACGAGAACGAGAUCACCAAGAUCAAGAAGUCCUCCUUCCAGGCCAUGGCCCAGAUCAUCGUCAUGGAGCUCGGCUCCAACCCUCUGAAGAGUGCAGGAGUUGAGGCCAACGCUUUCGCUGACCUGAAAAGAGUUUCUUACAUUCGCAUUGCAGACACGAACAUCACAGAAGUCCCCAAAGGUCUGCCCAGCUCUCUCUCUGAGCUCCACCUGGACGGGAACAAGAUCACCAAACUGUCCGCUAACAGCCUGAAGGGCCUGAAGAACCUCGCCAAGCUGGGUCUGAGCUACAACGAGAUCAGCUCUGUGGAUAAUGGCACCCUGGCUAACGUCCCCCAUCUGAGGGAGCUGCACCUGGACAACAACGCUCUGACCAGCGUCCCUGCUGGCCUGCCCGACCACAAGUACAUCCAGGUGGUCUACCUCCACGCCAACAAGAUUGCUGCUGUGGGAACAGGGGACUUCUGUCCUCCAGGCCUCAACCACAAGAAGGCCAUGUACUCUGGCAUCAGCCUGUUCAGCAACCCCGUUCCUUACUGGGAAGUCCAGCCAAUCACCUUCCGCUGCGUCUUCGACCGCUCCGCCAUCCAGCUCGGCAACUACAGGAAGAAGUAGAGCGUCCAAUCAAACCGCCCCGCGACGCGACGCGCUCUCCCCGCCAGGAAGUGUGUGUUUGUAAAUGAGUGUGUGAAAGUUUUCUAAGUGUGUGUGUUUGACCGCAGCCCCCCCACAACACUGACCCUUACCAACACUGCCUCCCCUCCCCCCCACAUAAUCCACCCACGCACUCAUUUUUAAAACUCCAGUGGACAUGGACCUCAAACACAACAUAUUAUAUAGUCAGGCGGCUUAGCUGAAUAAAGGGGACACGCCGGAUAAAAGCACCAUACUUUUUUUCUACAUGCUCUCUAUCACCAUAGGUUUCAAUUUUUGGUAGGAGCCAC